GCACGGACAGCCAGCACCGCACGACCCAGCGCAGAGCUUACCUGGCCCGGCCGAGGUGUUUCUAUUCUCGCCUCUUUUUUUUUAUUCGGCCGAAGAAGUGCGGACCGACGGAGAGCCCUGACGUCACCAUGCCAGGUAGAGAGUGAAGGCAGCUGUGGGUCGUGAGGAGGAGGGGAGUAACACUGCGGGUGUGCUGGGGUGUCCUCUCCAUCGCGGUGAACACCUUUCGGGCUCGCAGCGCGCUCGGACGCACGUAUGAUGAUGGACGGCUGGCCGCCGCUGCUGCUGCUGGCUCUCCUCGCCAUUGCGGGAGGCGGCCUCGGGGCAGACACAGAGGAACGGUUGGUGGAGCAUCUCUUAAACCCUGCCCACUACAACAAACUGAUCCGUCCUGCGACUAAUGGCUCCGAGCUGGUUACAGUGCAGCUGAUGGUGUCGUUGGCCCAGCUCAUAAGCGUGCAUGAAAGGGAGCAGGUGAUGACCACCAAUGUUUGGCUAACACAGGAGUGGCAGGACUAUCGUCUGACUUGGGUCCCUGAGGAGUUUGACGGGAUGCUGAAGGUCAGGCUGCCCUCAAAACACAUCUGGCUCCCUGACGUGGUGCUCUACAACAAUGCCGAUGGGGUGUACGAGGUGUCGUUCUACUCUAACGCAGUGGUCUCCUAUGAUGGCAGUAUCUUCUGGUUGCCCCCGGCCAUCUAUAAAUCAGCCUGUAAGAUCGAGGUCAAGCACUUCCCCUUUGACCAGCAGAACUGCACGCUGCGCUUCCGCUCCUGGACGUACGACCGCACCGAGAUCGAUCUGGUUCUCCGUGCUGACGUGGCCAGCAUGGACGACUUCACGCCCAGCGGUGAGUGGGACAUCAUCGCCCUGCCAGGCAGACGAAAUGAGAAUCCAGCUGACCCUACCUACGUGGACAUCACGUACGACUUCAUCAUUCGCAGGAAGCCUCUUUUUUACACCAUCAACCUCAUCAUCCCGUGUGUGCUCAUCACCUCACUGGCGAUCCUGGUGUUCUACCUGCCGUCUGACUGCGGAGAGAAGAUGACACUCUGCAUCUCAGUGCUGCUUGCUCUCACUGUGUUUCUGCUGCUGAUCUCCAAGAUUGUGCCCCCAACUUCACUAGAUGUCCCUCUUGUGGGGAAGUACCUGAUGUUCACUAUGGUCCUGGUCACUUUCUCUAUAGUCACCAGUGUGUGUGUGCUCAACGUACACCAUCGCUCGCCCACCACACACACCAUGCCCCCUUGGGUUAAACUGGUGUUCCUCAACAAGCUUCCUGCCUUGCUCUUCAUGCGCCAGCCCAGGAACAACUGCGAGCGCCAGCGGCUGCGGCAAAGAAGGAGGGCCCAGGAGCAGAAGGAGGGUGGGCGCAGCGGGGAGGCGGGGGCCUUGAUGGUGGGGCUCGGGCUGGGCAACGCUGGAGGGAACGGAGGGGCAGCCUCCACAGGGGUGUUCGGCAAGGAGGACAAUGACCCCUGUACCUGCUAUGUGAACCGGGCGUCUAUUAAACAGUUUGGAGGGGACCUGGGAGGAGCGGGAGGGGGAUCCAUGGAUGGUCUCAACAGGGUGAGGGAUGGCCGGGAAGGGGGCUCUGCAAAUCUGUCGCGGGGGAAGCAAGCAGCAGGAGGUCCUGCUCUGACUCAGGCCCUGCUGGCUCAAGCCUGUCCGGGCUUUGAGGAGGCUGUGGAAGGAGUACGCUUCAUCGCCAACCACAUGAAGAGUGAGGAUGAUGAUCAGAGUGUAAGCGAGGACUGGAAGUACGUUGCCAUGGUGAUCGACCGCCUCUUCUUGUGGAUCUUUGUGUUUGUGUGCGUGUUCGGCACACUGGGCAUGUUCAUGCAGCCGCUCUUUCAGAAUUACACAGUCAAGACCAUCACCAGCUCGCCAGGCUGACCAUUCCCAGACCAAGAACACGCUCACCUGACAGCUCCCCCGACCAAUCAGCACAGCAGGACAAGGGCCGACGGUGGGGGGGGCGAGUCUGGGUUUUAUUGUGUCUAUUGGACUGGAAAGCAGAACUGGAACUGAACAGCAAUCACGCCCAUUACCUUUAUAGUAACGUUUUUGCAACGAAAAACUGUUUUUCUUGGAUGAAGAAAAAGGAAAACACCAUCAUACUCUUACCUGCAGUUUUUUGUCCAGAUGUUUAAUGGACUGACCUCCCCUUUCUGGUGGAAAGGUCCCUCCCUGCUCUCCUCUUCAGCCAGUCAGGGAGCGAGGAUGCUCUGAUUUACUCCUUGUUGAAUCUUAAGCCAGCCUAUCAACACUUUCCGCUUGACUGCUUAAUUGACACAUGACAUGCCCGCCUUCUAUGACAUUACUCAUCCUGAAUACCGACUGAUGUCAGAGGGAGCUAAUCAGAAAGGGAAGGGAGGUUCAUAAUAAGGUUCUUAAACAUUUAUUUUAUUUUUUCAGAAGUCCACUACAUCAGUGAACUGAUUCAGUAUAUUUUAUCAUAGCAUAGCAGCUUACCACAGUAUAGCAUUAGGAAUAUAUUAUUAAGAUUUCUCUAUGUGUUAGCUCAUGCAAGGGUCUGUGGCUGAUAGAGAGGCUAUGGUGUGUUGUAUGAUUGUAUAGAUAAAACAAGAAUGUGAUAUAAACUGUACUACACAGCCUGUGAUGCGCACACUAACACAAUAUGUGUACAUGCAACAGCUUGUGGAGGAAAAUACAUAGAGGGUACUCGAGUUAAAGAUAUAGCCAGGUUGCAUUACGUGAUGAAAGGGAUAAAGUAAUACAUGCAUGGACGGGGUUUUGCGUAGAGAGCUGUGCACAAUAAAUAGAGGACAGCAGCAGCCUGCUGUGCCAGAGUGCACAGCUGCAGUGAGAUGAGUUCAGCUCCAGAGAAACUGAGGAAUCUGAGCCAAGAUGGUGGAUAGGACCUCCUGUACGAUGGACAGUGGAACAUGAUUUCCGCGAGAUGUAGGGCUCAGUUGAGAUGGAGCAAAUUUUAGAAACAUGUAAAUCAAAUUAUAUUGAUGACAGGAAGGGAUUUCUAUCAUGGAAACGAUGCUAUUAUGUGUAUUAAUAUGUAAUUUCAUAUUUCAGUAUGUAUUGUUCAGAGUAUACAUGUACGCGCGUGUAUGUAUGUGUAUGCGUGUCCCACACCCCAAUGCAUUCACAUCUGUCGGAUAGGAUGUUCAGAAGAGCAUACUACCCCUCCCUUCUAUUAAUCUCUGGCAACCUCUCUCCGGUUCUCUCUCCUUUAUCUGGUCUUCCAUGGGCAAACACAUUUCUGACAUUAAGUCCAAUUAGAAUAAUGAUUACCAACAUUCUCUGCACACCUAUUCAUUACAGCAGUUUUCCUUUUCAUCACGGACUGGCUGAUUUGUCUUAUUUCAACAAUCUUCCUGUGUUCCCUGACAACCAAGUGAGAAGCAAAAAGCCUUUUUCAGGCACGCAGGGAGUGGGGGGGUGAAUUAAAUUUUAAGUAAACAAGAGAGAAAUGACAAGAGGGCCAACGCUGAAGCAGUUGCACCAGGCAAUAAGUUACAGAUGCAAAAAUAAAAAGCAGAAAAGAAAAUACAGGUAAUAGUGCAAAUGUUAUUGAUUUGAAUAAUGAUGUUGCAGACUGGAAAAAAACAACAACAGGAUAAUCUGACCACAGCAAGCACAAUCCAGAUAGUGAGGAGGAAUGAAGCAGGAUAGGCAGAGACGAAAGACUGUUAGUGUUGUUACUCCACAGGAAAGCCACUAUAAACUCUGGAAAAAAUGCUGUCUAAUCCUCAGUCACUGUCAUUCGCUGUGAGUUUCCUCGGCUUUUUUACGGUAGUGUGGCCAAGUCUGCAGCUCAGUUCUGGACCGGGAGCUCUCCCUCUCUGUUUCUGUCUCUAGAGGAUGGGAUUAUGGAAGGGGGGAUCCCCAACAGAUCCCAAACAAGUGUGAAAAGCCUAUCAGAGACCUGUGAAAACUGUAGCCUGCACGGCUCCACACGGACAAAGUGCUGCUGUCCACUCUUUUUCUCUCUCUUUGACCUUUCCACUCUCCUUCCUUUUCUUCUCACUUCCUCUCUUAUCAUGCCCCCCCAUCUCUCACCCUUCUCCUUCCUGACUCUCAAAUCUGCUCCUGUGCACACCUUAAACAGUCCAAUAAAGGUUGUAGGUUCAGAUUAACCAAUGUAUGUGUCUGUGUGGCAUGUUUUUACUCUCUCUCUCAAACACACAAACACAUAUGUGACCUAUAGUCAAUUACUGUAUCACCCAAACUUCCCAUUAAUCUUACACCACCGGAUAGAAUGAAAGAAAGAGCCGUUUCCUGGCUUUCUAAUGUUCAGGCUGCCAACUUCCUUUUUACACACUCACAAACACACACACACACACAUACAUUCACAUUCCCGCAGUACUUUUUUCCUUCUAGGAAGCAGGGCUUUUUUAAAACAAUCAUGGGUGUAGUGCCCAGACAAGGUCACUUCAAGCCCCAUUAUUCUGCUGUAAAAACAGUAAUGUAGGUACAGUCAGUACCUGCUUAGAUCAGCACAUUAUCAAAAUUGCAUAUUUUUUCUCUUACCUGCAGGUCUUUUUAUCAGACUGCAUUGCAAGGUUAUAAUAGUUUGGGAUUUUUCAUUAGUUUUAGUUUUAAUUUCGUUAUGAAUUUUAGUUAGUUUUGUAACCACGCAAUACAGUUUCAGUUAGUUAUCGUUUUUUUAAAAACUCUAGUUUUCGUUAUUUCGUUAGUUUUCGUUAACUGUAAUAACCUUGCUGCAUUGUUUUGAUGUGAGUUUCAGAGUGAUGGAGAAAUCAACAUAGAAAUGUCUGCCUGUUAUUUGUAUCCGGUUACUCCCCAACCCUGAAUGGAACUGUAAGCAGUGCCAGAAAAAUACAGUGAGCAUAGGAACUAUUUUCUUUCUAGCAUAGUUCCUACAUCAAACUCCUCAUAACAAGGUCUGUGGAUUAUCAUGAGUAACUGGGUCAUGAUUUCUGUAAAGAGACAUUGCUGUUGAGCUUUUCAAAUGUAUUUUUUUGCUGCUUUGAGCACCACAAGCGAAGUGCCAUAUAGUCCAAUUAUAUUCAAGAGAAGACA